AUGUACUAUUUCCUGGCCUCACAGAGCGUCUAUCCCGACUUUCAGGUCCAGUUUUCUUCGGCAACCGUGCUGAUAUUUCUCUUUAUUACAUUCGUGGUACCCUAUCCACGGCGGCCUCUUCCCUCCGAGAAAAAGUACAGGACCCUUGACAAGGAUGGCAAACUCACUCAGCCCAAAGAUCUGCCGUGUUGGGUCGACGAAGCAAAGCGGAAGUGGCUAGAUGCGAAAGCGAAGAACCAGGAGUUCAAUGUGCAAAAAUACGUCCAACCAGCUCAAGUGUUUAUGACCCUAGUUAUUCCAGCCUACAACGAGGAAAAGAGGUUGAUUGGCAUGCUAGAAGAGGCUGUGAACUUCUUAGAAAAGCAUUACAGUAAUCUACCCCAGCCGAAACCUGUGGGAAAACAAGAAGUCAAUGGCAGUGCGAUCAAGAAGCGGCAGACUCAAUCUCAGAUGCUAUAUCAGAAACCACCAACAGGAAUAUAUGAAGACCUGGCGCCGAAAGGAUGGGAAAUUCUCCUGGUAGAUGACGGCAGCACCGAUGCGACGGUCAAAGUCGCAGAGCAUUUUACCCGAACACAUCUUUUACCCUCCCAUCCACGACCAGCCAGCGGACCAUGGACCCCUAAUCCGAAGACAGCAGUCAAUAUUCCACCUGACAGUAUACGGCUUAUCUCACUCGAGAGUAAUAGAGGCAAGGGUGGUGCCGUCACACACGGCAUGCGCCACGCACGAGGCUCCUAUGUCCUCUUCGCCGACGCCGACGGAGCCAGUGACAUUUCUGAUCUUCCCAAACUCGUCACAGCAGCCGACGAUAUAGCCGACUCUCAGUCUCGUGCUGUUGCAGUCGGCUCGAGGGCGCAUAUGGUGAAUAGCGCCGCCGUCGUGCAGAGGAGUAAGCUGCGGAACUUCCUCAUGCACUGUUUUCACAUCUUCAUUCGUACGUUAACACCUCCGAAGACAGCACGUGUAAAAGACACCCAGUGUGGGUUCAAGCUCUUUACACGUGCAUGCCUGCCAUAUAUCAUACCACACAUGCAUAUGGAAGGAUGGAUCUUCGACGUGGAAAUGCUGAUGCUUGCCGAAUUCGCGGUAAUCCCUGUAGUAGAGGUACCUAUAGGGUGGAAGGAAGUUGCAGGAAGCAAGUUGGAUGUCAUCAAGGAUAGUUUGAAAAUGGCUUGGAAUCUGUUCUUGUUAAGAGUAUGUUGGGGAACUGGGAUAUAUAGCUAA